AUAGGAGAGUUGAGACUUUUUCAACCAUGGUCGGUUCACAAGAGCCAUGGCGGCGCCGGUAUUGCAAAACAUGUACAUUCACAUUCCUGAUUCCUCUGCUUAUCCCACAUGACCUUUUGUGAAGAAGUUUAUGUAUACAUGCCCUUUGUUUGGUACUUCAAGCUUGGAUUGUGUGGUAAUUUAUUUAUUCUGCUAAAGAUUUGUGUUUUAGAGCUUGUAUGGAAUUGGGUAGUAUUAUUGCAGCUUAUAUGUAGAAACUUGGGUCAUGGUAACCUUUAUUUAUAUACACAAAAGCGCGAAACCGCUUUUGACAGCAUCUCACCACCACAGUUUUGAUAACGAUGCACCAAACAAUUUUUGCGUUUCAACUCACCUCACAGCACAAUAUUUUUAUAACUCACAGCACCGCACAACACUUCACAAAAAUUGACAACACUGCCAAAUAUGACCAUUGUAAGUCAAGCGUUUGUUAUAAUGUCUCAAUGACUUGCAUCACUUUUUGCUCAUUUCCUUCAAUGGCCUGUACAACUCUCAUCGCCAUCGUCACAACCCUCCUCGUUAUCUCUUUUAAAGUUGAUUGUUCAAGUUCAGAUACUUGGAUUAAAGGUGGUUAUUGGAAUUCUGGUACAGGUUUUCCUGUAUCUGAAAUUGAUUCUACGCUGUUCACUCACCUUACGUGUUCUUUUGCUUUUGUAAACUCUUCCUCAUAUCAGAUCUUAAUCAAUUCCUCUGAUCAACAAUCCUUCUAUACCUUCAAUGACACAGUGAAACUUAAAAACCCAUCAAUCGUUACACUCCUAUCAAUCCAGGUUGGCAGGGAACAUUCUCCAAUUUUUUCUUCCAUGAUCAGCCAGUCUUCUUACAGAAAAUCCUUCAUUGAAUCUUCUAUUACAAUUUCUAGGUUACAUGGAUUUCAAGGCCUUGAACUUUAUGGAGUUAUGCCAAAUAACAAUACCAACAUGACCAAUUUGGGAACCCUUUUGAAUGAAUGGAGGGAUGCUAUUGGUUCUGAGGCAAGAAGCUCUGGAAAUUCACAAUUGGUCCUGGUAAUGGCUGGAUUUCACUUCCCGGAGAAAGAAUUCGUCAGUUAUCCGAUCGAAUCCUUGAGAAAAAAUUUGGAUUGGAUACAUGUUAUAGCAUAUGAUUACUAUGUGCCAACUAAGUAUAAUUAUACAGGUUAUCAUGCAGCUUUAUAUGGACCAUCAAGAAGGGCUAGUGCUAAUGAUAGUAUAAUGGAGUGGAUAAGGAGAGGAAUUUCAGCUAACAAGCUGGUUUUGGGUUUGCCUUUACAUGGGUAUGGUUGGGUACUAGUGGAUCCUCAAGAUAAUGAUGUUGGUGCACCAGCAUCUGGUCCGGCUACGACUCGGGAUGGCUUAAUGGGCUAUAAGUAUAUCAAAUCGCAAACCCGAGACUAUGGCUAUGGUGCAGUUUCUGUGUAUAAUAGUACAUAUGUAGUGAAUGUCAUCAAAUCCAGAAACUUUUGGGUCAAUUACGAUGAUGUUGAGGCUAUUAGAGCAAAGAUUAGUUAUGCAAAGGAGACGAGGCUUCUUGGCUACAAUGUCUUUCAACUCAGCGACGAUGACAAUUGGGAGGUUUCUCGAGCAGCAGGCGGCGAAGGAGAUGCAGAUCACAAGAGAAGUGGAAGAUUGGGGGUCAUCGUGGCAGCUGUUGUAGUCAUAGCAAUUCUCUUAAUGGGCAUAAUUAUUUUCUGUUACUGGCAAAGGCUAGUGUUGAAAUCAAAAUGUAUCACAGAUGCGUUGAAAAGAUCAAUGUUCAUAUUAAAAGCUAAAUUAUCAGGUGCUGAAUAUCAUGGCAAGAAUUCGUCAAGUCCACAAGCAUUCAGCUUUGCUAUUAUUAAAGCUGCUACAAAUAAUUUUUCAAGCGAAAAUAAGCUUGGAGAAGGUGGAUUUGGACCUGUGUACAAGGGAAGAUUACCGAGCGGACAAGAAAUUGCGGUAAAGAGGCUUUCAAAAACUUCGUCUCAAGGAUUGGAGGAGUUCAAAAAUGAAGUUACACUUACAGCAGGACUUCAACAUGUGAAUCUUGUUAGAGUCCUGGGAUUUUGUACAGAGAACGAUGAAAAGAUGCUGGUUUACAAUUGCAUGCCCAACAAAAGCUUGGAUGCCUAUCUCUUUGAUCCAAAUAGACGAUAUCAGCUAGAUUGGAGAAAGCGGGUGCACAUCAUUGAAGGCGUUACUCAAGGUCUUCUGUAUCUCCAAGAAUACUCGAACUUUACAAUAAGUCACCGAGAUAUAAAGGCUAGCAAUAUUUUGCUGGAUAAUGAGAUGAACCCCAAGAUAUCGGAUUUUGGCAUGGCUAGACUUUUCAGAAAAGACGUACUUGAAGCAAACACUGGUCGAAUCGUUGGAACAUAUGGCUAUGUACCUCCUGAAUAUGUAAGAAAAGGUAUAUACUCUAUGAAAUACGAUGUCUAUAGCUUUGGAGUUCUGCUUCUGCAAGUUAUAAGUGGCAAGAAGAAUGCAUGUUUUUAUGGCCAAUAUGAGAAUCUUAAUCUUCUUGAAUAUGCAUAUGACUUGUGGAAAGACGGUGCAGUAAUGGAGUUCAUUGAUCCAGCACUGGAUGAUUCAAAUUCAACUUGUAAGCUCAUUCGAUGCAUGCAGGUAGCUCUACUAUGCGUACAAGAAAAUCCAGCCGACAGACCAUCCAUGUUGGAAGUCUCUUCAAUGCUCAAGAAUGAAACACCAGCUGCCGCGACUCCUAAACGUCCUUCCUUCUCAAUCAAAAGUGAUGAAGAUGAGGCAUGUAAACCAAGAUUGAAGGAAAGAAUUUUGUCAGCCAAUGAUAUGACCAUUUCCCAAGAUGUUCCAAGAAGAUUGGAGGAAACACAGAGAUGCUACAUAGAGACGGCAGUGGCCUCCCACACACACACACUCACAGACUCACUUUGUCUCUCUCUCAUCCUCCGUUCCAAAUCUAGAGAGCAGCAGUCACACGAUUCAUUCUCCCAAGCAAACUCUGUUAGUCUUCGUCGACCUCUGUUGUCUUGGUCGAUCCCUAUUGGUCUUCAUCGAUUGUGGGUCUUGGUCGAUCUCUGGAUUCGGGCAGAAUUGGCUCGGGCAGGGUCAACAAUGACGUGCCAAAUAGUUAACGUUUACAAAAUUGAUUGUGCUUAUUUGAAUGGAUUACAUAUCUUGGCGCGAGAAUACCCAAAAAGCAUUUCCGUGCACGUAGUUGCAGCUUCCGAUGAUGACAAAUCCGUUGCCAUCCUCUACCUCUUCUCGUUGGGGAAGGCGACUCUAAGCAUGUCCAAUCUCUUGUCGUCCUGCGCCAACAUUUUCCUAAACACGUCAAAAACAAUAACAACAACAAUUAUCUUUGAGAUUGUGACAAAUGUGAGUUUCUUUCUCCCUCUAGAAAUUGUUUUGCAUGUUCUAGAGAGAGGAAGGGAGAUUGAAGUUGCAAAUGAGGAUAGAGAUGAGAGCUUGGAUUGUGUGGUAAUUUUAUUUAUUCUGCUAAAAGAUUUGUGCUUUAGAGCUUGUAUGGAAUUGAAUGUCUCAAUGACCUACAUCACUUUUUGCUCAUUUCCUUCAAUGGCCUGUACAACUCUCAUCGCCAUCGUCACAACCCUCCUCUUUAUCUCUUUUAAAGUUGAUUGUUCAAGUUCAGAUACUUGGAUUAAAGGUGGUUAUUGGUAUUGUGGUACAGGUUUUCCUGUAUCUGAAAUUGAUUCUACGCUGUUCACUCACCUUACAUGUUCUUUUGCUUUUGUAAACUCUUCCUCAUAUCAGAUCUUAAUCAAUUCCUCUGAUCAACAAUCCUUCUAUACCUUCACCGACACGGUGCAACUUAAAAACCCAUCAAUCGUUACACUCCUAUCAAUCUGGGUUGGCAGAGAACACUCUCCAAUUUUUUCUUCCAUGAUCAGCCAGUCUUCUUACAGAAAAUCCUUCAUUGAAUCUUCUAUUACAAUUUCUAGGUUAUAUGGAUUUAAAGGCCUUGAACUUCGUGGAGUUAUGCCAAAUAACAGUACCAACAUGACCAAUUUAGGAACCCUUUUCAAUGAAUGGAGGAACGCUAUUGCUUCUGAGGCAAGAAGCUCCGGAAAUUCACAAUUGGUCUUGGCAAUGGCUGGAUAUCACUUCCUGGAGAAAGAAUUCAUUAGUUAUCCGAUCGAAUCCAUGAGAAAAAAUUUGGAUUGGAUACAUGUUAUAGCAUAUGACUACUAUGUGCCAACUAAGUAUAAUUAUACAGGUUAUCAUGCAGCUUUAUAUGGACCAUCAAGAAGGGCUAGUGCUAAUGAUAGUAUAAUGGAGUGGAUAAGCAGAGGAAUUUCAGGUAACAAGCUGGUUUUGGGUUUGCCUUUACAUGGGUAUGGUUGGUCACUAUUGAAUCCUCAAGAUAAAGAUGUUGGUGCACCAGCAUCUGGUCCGGCUUUAACAUUGGAUGGCUCAAUGGGCUAUAAGUUAAUCAAAUCGCAAAUCCGAAACUAUGGUUAUGGUGUUGUUUCUGGUUUUAAUAGUACAUAUGUUGUGAAUUUCAUCAAAUUGAGAAACAAUUGGAUCAAUUUCGAUGAUGUUGAGGCUAUUAGAGCAAAGAUUGGUUAUGCAAAGGAGAAGAGGCUUCUUGGUUACAAUUUCUUUCAACUCGACAACGAUGAAAAUUGGGAGCUUUCUCGAGCAGCAGGCGACGAAGGAGAUGCAGAUCAUAAGAGAAGGGGACGAUUGAGGGGCAUUGUGGCAGCUGUUGUAGUCAUAGCAAUUUUCUUAAUGGGCAUAAUUAUUUGCUGUUACUUGCAAAGGCGAGUGUUGCAAUCAAAAGGUAUCACAGAUGCGUUGAAAAGAUCAAUGUCCAUAUUAAAAGCCAAAUUAUCGGCUGCUGAAUAUCAUGGCAAGAAUUCAUCAAGUCCACAAGCAUUCAGCUUUGCUAUCAUUAAAGCUGCUACAAAUAAUUUUUCAAGCGAAAAUAAGCUUGGAGAAGGUGGAUUUGGACCCGUGUACAAGGGAAGAUUACCUAGCGGACAAGAAAUUGCGGUAAAGAGGCUUUCAAAAACUUCGACUCAAGGAUUGGAGGAGUUCAAAAAUGAAGUUACACUUACAGCAGGACUUCAACAUGUGAAUCUUGUUAGAGUCCUGGGAUUUUGUACAGAGAACGAUGAAAAGAUGCUGGUUUACAAGUGCAUGCCCAACAAAAGCUUGGAUGCCUAUCUCUUUGAUCCAAAUAGACGAUAUCAGCUAGAUUGGAGAAUGCGAGUGCACAUCAUUGAUGGUGUUACUCAAGGUCUCCUGUAUCUCCAAGAAUACUCGAACUUUACAAUAAUUCACCGAGAUAUAAAGGCUAGCAAUAUUUUGCUGGAUAAUGAGAUGAACCCCAAGAUAUCGGAUUUUGGCAUGGCUAGACUUUUCAGAAAAGAUGAACUUGAAGCAAACACUGAUCGAAUUGUUGGAACAUAUGGCUAUGUACCUCCUGAAUAUGUAAGAAAAGGUAUAUACUCCAUGAAAUACGAUGUCUAUAGCUUUGGAGUUCUGCUUAUGCAAAUCAUAAGUGGCAAGAGGAAUACAUGUUCUUACGGCCCAUAUGAGAAUCUUAAUCUUCUUGAAUAUGCAUAUGACUUGUGGAAAGAUGGUACUGCAAUGGAGUUCAUUGAUCCAGCACUGGAUGAUUCAAAUUCAACUUGUAAGCUCAUUCGAUGCUUGGAAGUAGCUCUGUUAUGUGUACAAGAAAAUCCAGCGGACCGACCAUCCAUGUUGAAAGUCUCUUCAAUGCUCAAGAAUGAAACACCAGCUGCCGCGACUCCUAAACGUCCUUCCUUCUCAAUCAAAAAUGAUGACGAUGAGGAAUGUAAACCAAGAUUGAAGGAAAGAAUUUGGUCAGUCAAUGAUAUGACAAUUUCCCAAGAUGUUCCAAGAUGAGGACAUAUGUGUGUACUUUUGUAUGUGGAAGUGUAUAAGUUUUGUUGAUGCUUGAAUAUAAAUUCUGUCAUAAACCUGCACUUGUUUA